AUGCAUUUGGCAGCGUACGCCGGUCAGCCGCGCAUGUUGGACCUGCUCGAGCAGCAUGGUGCAAUCAGGGAUUGCCGAUAUCACGUGCAGGCGGGCGAUGGUCUCCAAGUGCAAGGUAUGACGGCCGCAGCGCGCGAGGCUUACGCCGCCGCUCUCCGGCUCCCGUCCGCGUGUGAGGAUGCCCGCUCGCGCCUGGUGCGACUAGAAGAGAGCGACGCAAUCGCCAGCCCCGGAGCAAGGAGGCAAGAUGCUGCGCAAACGGUGGCGCGAUUGGCGAAGUGGGGCGCGGACAAGCUGAGUGUCGAUACUUCGUCUCCGGGUUGGGUGCAACAUGCCGUCGAGUUGUGGCAAGGGCAGGGAGUCGUGGCCUUUCCUUCUAUGCUAAACGCCUCGAUGGUGCGCGCCUUGCGUGACCGUGCGCGUGCCGCGCUGCUCGAUGGCUCGAGGCGCAACUACGCUGCUGGAUACCGAGCAGCUGGCGACAAGGGCUCGCUUCGUCAGUGGGUUUACCUGGCGGUCGAUGAGUCCCACGGAGUAUUGCAGUCUGUUGCGCAGGUGCUUUCACCAUUCUUGGCAGACGCGCUGCAGAGCUCGCGACAGCUGGUGGGGGAGCUCGCUGUGCUGCGCACACGGGCGGGUAGUGUCGCGCAGGAUUGGCACGUUGACACGUUCUUUGCUGACAAGCGGGUCGCUGCGGUGCAGAUCUCACUCACGGACACGGAAGCCGCGCAGGGCGCUCUGGAGGUGUUGCCCGCGGAUGCCAGUGGGCCGAAUGUGAAGCUGCCGUUGCCUGAAGGGUCAGUGACGCUCUAUCGUCUUGACUAUUGGCAUCGUGGGGGAGGGCACACGCUGUCAGGGAGGGAGGACCGCAUCGUGCUGACGUCGGUUCUGGUGGGAGAACAUGGCUUUGUGCCGUGCGAAAACGAUAUCAACAUGCUGCCAGAGGAUAGAGGACGAUGGUGGAUCAUGGGCGAGCAUGUUGUGGCUGCGUCUGAGGAGGCGUCGUCAACGAGGGAAGGCGCGUCGCCGCCAUAG